AUGACACCAACCCCAAUAAUUGUUCCAAUUGAAACUGCAGCUCCAACUACAUCAAGUUGGCAAACCUCAACUGAAACUCCCACAACAACAAUAAGGCAACCAACAACAAUUGCCUCAACCACAACAAUUGCCCCAACUGCAACAGAAGCUCCAACGACAGCAAGUUCUCAAACUAUCGUUGAAGUUUCAACCAAAACAAAUCCUCCUUCAACUACAAGUAAAGCACCAACAACUGAAAUUCUGCCCACAACCGUUGGUCAAAGAACAACAAUGGCACCAACCCCAAUAAUUGCUCCAACUGCAACUGCAGCUCCAACCACAGCAAGUAGUCAAACUACAGCUGAAGCUUCAGCCCCCACAAACAUUCUUACAGCUACAAGUAAAGCACAAACAACAACUGAAACUCCAACCACAACAGUUGGUCAGAUAACAACAAUGGCACCAACCACAAUAAUUGUUCCAAUUGAAACUGCAGCUCCAACUACAUCAAGUUGGCAAACCACAACUGAAACUCACACAACAACAGUAAGGCAACAAACAACAAUUGCCUCAACCACAACAAUUGCUCCAACUGAAGCUCCAACCACAUCAAGUAUUCAAACUACAAAUGAAGUUCCAACGACCACAAAAGGUUCAGUAAAAACAAGUGAAGAACCAACAACAACUGCAACUCCCACUCCAACAAUUAGGCAAACAACAACAAUUGCCUCAACCACAGCAAUUGCUCCAACUACAGCAAGUACUCAAACUACAGCUGAAGUUUCAACUGUCACAAAUCCUCCUACAACUACAAGUAAAGCACCAACAACUGAAACUCUGCCCACAACCGUUGGUCAGAGAACAACAAUGACACCAACCCCAAUAAUUGUUCCAAUUGAAACUGCAGCUCCAACUACAUCAAGUUUGAAAACCACAACUGAAACUCCCACAACAACAAUAGGGCAACCAACAAAAAUUGCCUCAACCACCACAAUUGCUCCAACUGCAACUGUAACUGCAACCACAGCAAGUAGUCAAAUUACAGUUGAAGCUUCAGCCGCCCCAAACAUUCUUACAACUACAAGUAAAGCACAAACAACAACUGAAACUCCAACCACAACGGUUGGUCAGAGAACAACAAUGACACCAACCCCAAUAAUUGUUCCAAUUGAAACUGCAGCUCCAACUACAUCAAGUUUGAAAACCACACCUGAAACUCCCACAACAACAAUCGGCUCCAACCACAGCAAGUAG